AGGUAGGUACCUACAUACACAGCAAUGACGGCGCAAUUCUUCUUUGGCUACUCAGAUGCUCACUGUCUUACCGCAGUAAUCCACUGGGCUGCCCCAUGCCCCACUAACGACCAUGUCCCUGGGCGGCCUCUUGUGCUGUGGGUCGCGAGGCACAACACGCACCCGGCAGCCUGGCCAACCUUGGCUGCAUCAUGGCGCAUAUACAAUUUUUGGUACGCAGAUAAGCCCACAGCUAGGUUGCUCACGCCUGAUCUCGCGUGAAGGAGCAGCUCCUUGCUGGGGGUCAUGCGACACCAUCUCUAUCCUUAAAGCCUCUCACGCGCCGCGCCCAGCCUGUGGGCGUACCUCCCGCGCUUGACGUCAAAUGUUCACGUCAGAGCUGUGGCUCCUGCCCUCAACAAAUCGCCAAACGACUUCUUCUAAAUUCACCUGUCCUGAGGCCCACCCUAAUUCGCCUUUUCCCACAAAAGCUGUCUGGCGAGGAGUCCAUCGCUCCUCUAACGCACCGAGAAUCCGUGGUGUCACCAGACAAGCAGCACAGACAUGACAGCCCACGUCGAUGACAGCCCCAAGUUGGAGGCCGGCGGCGACGAGAAGCUCAAGCUACCCGAAGAAGGCGUGCUGACCGACGCCGGCCCUGCGGAUGGCAGCUCCCUGAAGGGCGGCGAGGACAUUCUGGCACUGCAGGACCUCGACCCGGCGCUCAACGCCAAGAUGCACCUGGUCAACAACGCCAUAGACGAGAUCGGCUGGACAAACUACCACUGGAAGCUCUUUGGGCUCAACGGCUUCGGCUACGCCGUCGACUCGCUCGUCCUGCUGCUGCAGUCCAUCAUCGCCACCCAGGCCUUCAGGGAGUUUGGCGAGGUCGGCUACCCCCGCGCCCUCACCAUCGCCGUGUACGUCGGCAUGCUCACCGGCGCCAUCUUCUGGGGGUCCUCGGCCGACGUCGUGGGCCGCCGGCACGCUUUCAACAUCUCGCUCUUCGUGUGUGCCGUGAGCACCCUGCUCUGCGGUGCCAUGACGAACUGGGGCUCGCUGGGCUUCUUCAUCGCCCUCGUGGGCUUCGGGGCCGGCGGGAACCUGAUCCUGGACACGACUGUGUUUCUCGAGUACCUGCCCUCCCAGAAGCAGUGGGUGUUGACGUUCCUCGCCGCCUGGUGGGGGCUUGGGCAGGCGAUCACUGGGUUCAUUGCUUGGGGCUUCAUGGUGCCUGAGAGGUGGAAUUGUACCGAUGCGAGAUACUGCUACAAGGAAACUAACAUGGGCUGGAGAUAUACAAUGCUCACAUCGGGGGCGCUGGUCUUCGUCAUGUCGGUCCUACGCGUAACAGUGGUGCGACUCAAGGAGACUCCAAAGUACCUGCUGGGCCUCGGGGACGACGCUCAAGUCGUCGAGACGCUCCAAUUUCUGGCCAACAAGUACAACCGCCCGAUCUCGCUCACAUUGGAGAAGCUCGAGGCUUGUGGUCAAGUCAGAGGGGCCCACAGCAAGAACCGCUUCUCAGUCAACGAGUUCAUGAUCCAUAUCAGGGGUCUGUUUGCGACAAGGAAAAUAGGUGUCUCUACCAUCCUGAUAUGGAUCUCCUGGACGCUCAUUGGCCUCGUCUACCCACUCUUCUACGUCUUCCUCCCCACCUAUCUCGAAACCCGUGGGGCAGAUUUCGAAGAGACCCCCUACGAGACGUGGCGCAACUACGCCCUCGUAAACGUCAGCUCCAUCUUCGGCCCGAUGCUCGCAGGGUGGAUGUGCGACCUGCCCCUCCUCGGGCGGCGCUACACGAUGGUGAUCGGCGCCCUCAUGACCAUGUGCUUCUUCUUCGCCUACACGGCCGUCCGCUCCGCCGCCCAGAACGUCGGCUUCUCGUGCGCCAUCGGGUUCUGCCUGAACAUCUACUACGGCACGCUGUACGCGUACACGCCCGAGGUGCUCCCCAGCGCCCACCGCGCCACGGGCAACGGCGUCGCCGUCGCGUGCGCCCGGGUCAUGGGGAUCCUGUCCGCGGUGAUUGCGACUUUUGCUGAUACCAGCACGCCCGUGCCCAUCUACCUGUGUGCCGCCCUGUUUGUGGCCCUGGCGGUUGUCAGUGUGUUCUUCCCGUUUGAGCCAUAUGGGAAGAGGAGCUCGUAGGCCGGGGCUAGCUUGCAACGGCUUGCGGGAUUGUUUGAUGAUGUAUGAGGUAGAAGCAAAGAUAUAAUAUGUAAAUAAUGACUUUGGGAAUACUAAGACCGCUGCUGUCGGCUGAGGCACGUUUGGCAGCCACAUCAGGUGCGAAUCUUGAGCACUCACUUAUUUAUUCUUCGCGUCGGCUGAACUCAAGUCUUUGAAACCCUG